AUAAGUACUCGUUUCCAUGGAUUCCAAACAAUCUCUUCAAGUAGCUUUUGUCUCAUUCAUUGAGAGGCGACGUAGGCCACUCUCUUCAAUCCCUUCAGUCAUUGUGAUUGGUGGUGGUAUUUCAGGGAUAGUUGCUGCCUAUACUCUUCAUAAUGCAUCUUUUCAGGUGGUCUUGUUGGAAUCACGGGAUAGACUUGGUGGCCGCAUUCAUACUGAUUACUCACUUGGUUGUCCAGUAUAUAUGGGAGCAUCAUGGCUUCAUGGUGCUUGCAAUGAGAAUCCCUUAGCUCCAUUGAUAUGUCGUCUGGGCCUUACAUUAUACCAUACUAGUGGGGAUGAUUCUGUGUUGUAUGACCAUGAUUUGGAAAGUUGCACACUUUUUGAUAUGGAUGGUCAUCAAGUUCCUCAGAAGAUGGUUAUCGAAGUUGGAGAGACAUUUAAGAAAAUUCUGAAAGAGACAGAGAAUGUAAGGAUUGAACAUUGUGAUGAUAUAUCUGUUCUACAAGCAAUUUCUAUUGUGCUGGAUAGGCACCCAGAGUCGAGACAAGAAGGGCUUUCCAAUGAAGUGUUGCAAUGGUAUAUUUGUAGAAUGGAGUCUUGGUUUGUUGUUGAUGCAGAUAAGAUAUCACUGAAAAGUUGGGAUCAGGAGCAUAUACUUUCUGGUGGUCAGAGACUUAUGAUACAAGGUUACGACCCAAUAAUAAAGACCCUCUCUAAAGAUCUCGAUAUACAUUUGAAUCAUAGGGUUACAAAUAUAUCAUAUGGGUGUAAAAAGGUGGUGGUCACUGUUGAGGGUGAAAGGAACUUUGUUGCAGAUGCUGCCAUUAUAACUGUUCCCAUUGGAAUUCUUAAAGCCAAUUUAAUUGAGUCCAACAUGAUUCCAGCUAGUACAUUUGAUUAUGGGAAGAAGUGA